GAGUUUUUAUUCACACGGCUGAUUUGCCCCGACAGUCAUGGUUUACAACAUAAUUGACCUUGCUAUUUUGGCCCACUACUACUAGCACUGGCUUUGAGGCAGUACUCAUUGAAGUUGGGUUAAGCUGUAAGUAAGUAGUUAGUUUUAGCGAUGGAUCUCUUCGGUGAUCUUCCACCACCUGCUGCCACCUCACCCAGCAAGCCAGAUGCUUUGUUUGGUGACCUACCGAGAGCGAGCAGCAGCUGUACUACGCCGCCUGGUGCAUUGAGACCGUCUUCGGCCGAUGGGGAUGAAGAACCGCUGGCCAAAAGAAAACCGUCGGCAGGGUGUCCCGCGCUGCGAGGCUUCGUCGCUCAUCGACGCGGUGAGCGAGACGAGAUGCAGGAUGCAUUUCGUGUUGAUGAUUCGUUUCUGUCGUCGCUUGCCGCGGUACCGCAUGACGUAGCCAGCAUGUCUUACUACGGCGUGUUUGACGGUCAUGCUGGUGCCAAGGCGGCGGUGUACUGCGCCGAGCACCUUCACACGCACGUAGCAAGCCUCUUUCCGAAAGGUGAGUCGGAGAACCCGGAUGCAGCCAUUCGCAAGAGCCUCGUGGAAGCGUUUCGCCAGACCGACAAAGCUUUUCUUCAAAAGGCUACUGCAGUGUCUCCAGCAUGGAAGGACGGCUGCACAGCAGUCACCACUCUGCUGGUGAACGACACGCUGCACGUUGCCAACCUUGGCGACAGCAAGGCGUUGCUGUGCCGCGCGGACAGUAGCUGUCCCGGCGGAGUCAAGGUGCUGCCUCUCAGCAAAGACCACUCUCCGUCGCAGUAUGAUGAACGGCAGCGUAUUCAGAAAGCUGGCGGUGCGAUCAGGGAUGGGCGCAUUCUCGGCGUGCUAGAAGUGUCGAGAUCGAUCGGCGACGGCCGCUUCAAGGGACUCGGUGUCAGCAACACCCCGGACGUGCGCCGCAUGCAGCUCGUCGCCGACGACAGGUUUGUACUGAUGGCGUGCGAUGGUCUGUUCAAGGCGUUCGGCUGCAAGGAAGCUGUGGAACGUGCCAACGCUUUGCUGGACGAUGAAUCUCUGGAUCUCAAGCCUCCUGCCGCCGGUGAAAAGCCCGACCCAAUGCGGGCACGCUGCGAAGCUGUGUGUGAUCGGCUGUGCGUGGAGGCAGUCAAGCGAGGCUGCAGUGACAACGUUACCGUCAUGCUGAUCAGAAUCGAGCACCAGUCGGCGUAGCACUGCCAAACAAAGCAUAACCCUGCAGUAGUUGAACUGUUCUUCUUCGUUAUGUUCGUCACCCAAUGCAGCCGCUGCGUUUAGUUGAAGCACGCACGUACUUCGAGUACCCCAGAGCCCUGCCUGCUGAAUGUAAUCUGGUAACUUCAAGGUCACUACUGGCUGUGUUCACCGUAUGAUUCCCGUUGAAGUUACUUGCAGUAGGUAGCGGCUAGUUAGCCACACCAUGAUACUGCUCUCUGCUCGUGCUGUGUACGUGCAGAAUUUGCAGAUACAUGCACAUGCCUUGUGCUUUUUGCUUCCUCUUUUUUGUCACUGCAUUUUUUGAUAUUUUUAAAUCCGGAAUAAAAGCUUCACUGUUUUCUCUUC